AUUUGUGCAGAAAUAAGAAUAGCGGAAUGUUUCCGCACGAAGAGUAUUGCGAUUACUAUUAUACGUGUGACGCCAAUGGAGAGGCAGUGAUCGAGGCCUGUCCUAAUGGACUCGCUUUUGCCGGACAUAAGAGAGGACUCGUCACAAAUUGCGAUUAUCCCCAUAGAGUUGGCUGUCCUGAUGGCACUCGAGUGAUGGGCCAGCAACCAAUUGGUGGCGACAACUGCCAGUGGCAGUACGGGGUGUUCCCUCACGCAACCUCUUGUACCCGAUACUGGCAUUGUUGGAACGGAACGGCCACAAUUCAGCAAUGUCCAUUCUCACUUCUCUACAACGAUGUGAUCCACUCCUGCGAUUGGCCCGACAAUGUGCCCGAUUGUCAAAAGCACCCAAUCUGUAAGGAUGUGCCCAACGGUGCUGUCCUUAUCGAGAAGAGUUGUGUCCGAUACUGGCUUUGUGUCGGCGGUUAUCCCCGUCUGCAGAGAUGUCCGGCAGGUCUGGCCUUCAAUCCAAACACUCUAAGAUGUGAAUUGGCUUCAACUGUAGCUGGAUGUGAACCGCCGCCGACUACUGCCAACCCCGAGGACGACGAGGAAGAAGGCGAUGCGAACUCGAAUAAGCCGUCGGCCGCAACCAAUUCCCGGCCGCAGCCACAGAACAACCCGACUCCGCAACAGUUCAGGCCAUCGCAGUCGGGUGUGAGACUUGUGGGCAAAUAAAUACGAUUCACUCACAAAUCGGACGUCACGUUAUGUCGGAUCCACACCAUUAAAGUCAAUUUGAAGUAAUGCCAUAACAUUGUGAAUGACAACAGUUUUUCUUUACACACAUCUAAUACAUGGAUAUAAUAUA